AUGCGCGAACAUAAAUACAGAUAUUCAACAACAGCACUGAUGUGUGAACCGGUAUUUACUGGUACCAACAGCCGAGCACAAUGGUACCACAACGGCAUAGUUGUUGCGAAUGUUUCGAGUAUUUCAAAUGCAGUGUUACACGAUUAUACAUAUUAUACCGAACAAGCCAUUCCAGAUGUUGGCUUUCUUAUUAUUACAAAUAUAUCUGUCGAGGAUGAAGGCGACUAUUGGUGUCGUCGAAUGGAUAAUAAACAGGAAGGUGAAGUGGCUCGAAUUGUCGUUGCCUAUGUGGAGCCGUUUCCAAGUAAUUCUCGACCAACAUUUCAUCCAACUCUAGCACACUUUGGACAGCACGUAACCGCUCAUUGUCCAAGAACUAAAGCUGUUCCACCACCAACCUAUGCUUGGUUCUUGAAUGGAGAAGCAGUUGAUUUGUCAACCAAACGAAUUAUCCAAAAUUCAAAUGGUUCACUUCAAAUUCAACAAUUUUUGCGUCAAGAUAUUGGUGUUUAUGAAUGUAUUGUAAAAAAUUUUGCAGGCCGUACAAGUUCUAAGGCCUACCUUGAUGCCAUUCCGUUUGCGUCUAGCGAUAUUUUCGAUGGCGCAGUUUUUACAAAUGCUUGUCAAAGUAUAUCCCGAAGCGGACUACUGUGGUUCUUAAUUGGCUGUUUGGCCACCAGUGGUGCUGUGCUGUCUUAUUUGGCAUGUGCAGUGCUGUUUGCACGGUCCACUUAUCGGAGUAGAACAUCGUUUUAUCCAAAUUCAUUCUUUCAAAUUCAUCGAAAUUUCGCACCGGGAUUUCGAAAAGUUAUUACACCAAUUGCUGAUGUACACCGUAGUCUCCAUACAAAUAUUUCCGAACAGUUUAGUUUAUGA